ACUAUAUGUAAAGAACACAAAAACGUUUCAACCGCUAUCAAAUGAGAUAAAAUCUAUGAUUGAGGAAAAGAAAAGAGUGGUUGAUGCGGGCAUUGAAGAGGACAAAAUAAAACCAGGAAAUCUCACUUCAAUUGCAAAGCACAUUGGUAAAAAUCUGAAGUCAGUAACCUCACUGAUUGUAAUCACAGACAAUGUUUUCUGGGAGACAUUUUGGAAAGAGCAAUCAAAUAAAAUCCACAACAAACUGGAAGAGCUGUUGGAUGAUGAUGAAGAAGAUGAUGGAAUUGAGUUCACUUUGGUUGUGGUUUGUAACAUAAACCAGCACCUUCUGACUUCUUUUCCUUCUUUCACCUCAAAAGCCACUGUGAUAAGUGAAGAUGAAAAAUACCUUGAACAUGGAUCAAAAACAUGUCACAUGGUUGUUACAAUGGAAAACAACAAUCAAGAAAGCAUCGAAACCCUAGCCAAACAAAUUGUGGACAAAUUCAACAAUCAAAAUUGUUCCAGUAGCUCAAAAGACCAAGUAGAUACUGUUACCCCUGUUCAGACUCCAACAGAGAACAAAGAACCACAGUUUCUAAAAGUUGAGGUUUUGGAAAAUUUCAAUCAAGGGAAAGCUCCAGACCUUUCUACAAAACCAAAUGAUGAAGAUGAAAUCUCAAAGGAAUCUGGCAUUAACUUUGUCGCCGGAACAAACACUGAUGACAAAGUGGAGGAGGAUAACAGUUAUCCCCUUAAAAAUCCUGGCCUGUGUCUCUACAUUGGUUUAUUGGAAUUUGAUGCCGAUUCUGAAAAAGCUGAGGUGUCUUUAGAGAACAGGCAUUCUUCUUCAAAGGAAUUUCAGAAGAUGAAGGAUAGUUUUGAAAACUUGGGAUGUUUUGUGAAAAAGAAACUUAAUCCAACUGCUGAACAAGCAAUACAAUUUUUACAAGAAGGAAUAAAUUGGUGUAAGAAACUGAAGCCCAGCUUCUUUGUACUAAUCAUCAGUACACACGGACAGGAAGUACCCAUGGUUAUUAAAGAGGAUAACAAAGAGCCCCAUGAGCAGCACCCAUCUGGGAUCACAGUUCAAAAGAAACCUAGGACUGAAAUGGUACAUCAGUUGUUCUUCCAUAAUGGAAAGUCUCUUUUAACAAGAGACAUUAUCAGAAUGUUUGACCAACACAAUUGUUCGGCUCUUGAAGGCAAACCCUGUCUUUUUUUUAUUCAGUCAUGCAGGAGUCGAUUUGGUUUAGAUGGACAUGAGAACUUUGAUCCUGGAGUGAUGGUUAAUGUUUUGACAGCAGAAAAUGAUAUUAGGGCUGGUCUAAAGAGCCCUGAUUCUGUAGAUGCCUCAAGCGAUACUUCACAUCAGGAUACAACAGAUGCCAAGCGAAGUACAACGAAGCAGACAGAAGAAGAUAAAGAGGCCAGAUUAAAGCAAAUCCAGGAGUGGAAUAAAAAAGCAAAGCUUGCAGUGCUGCACAGACAUAUUUUGGAUUACAACAAAUAUCUCAUGGAACAUAGAACCAUUUCACUGCUGGAAGCACAGGGAACAGACAAUGAGAUAGCCAUCAAAUUAUUUGAGACUUUACUUUCAGAAGGCCUCACAAUUGAUCAGAUAAAUGAAAUAAAGGAGGAAUGUAAAGGAUUUGAACAAGAGAUUCUGGAUUUCUUUUUCCCAGAGCCUAUAAUAAGUGAUCCGCCACCUUGUGUCAAUGAUGCUUUAGUCAUGUUUGCCUCUGCUCCAGGAAAAGAGGCUUACAAUAGAGAUAAACAAGGAGGGUGGCUGAUUACAAACCUGGAGACUCAGCUGAAAGAAACUUUGGAGACAAAACCAGAAAAAAUUGAUCUACUGGCGGAGCUAACAAAGGUCUCUGGGAGAAUAGCUUAUAAAUAUGAGACAGAUACAGGCACCAGUGAGAGCAGUGGUCAUAAGUCAGUACCCUGUCUGUAUCACAAGCUCAGUAGGGAUGUCAUUAUAUGGCCAGAGGAGAUAAAAAAUGCCAAAGAACUUUAUGAGGGAGACCCGGAUGGAGAAUUGAAGGACUUUUUGAAAUGGAUUAGGAACCAGUAAACAAAGAAGACCCCUAAAAACAUCAAAAUGCAAAUAUGAAAAUUUGUAUGAAAUAUUAAUUUCUGAUGAGUAGAAUUAUUUUUUUUAUUUCCCGUUUUUUAACUUUUUUAAAAAGAUUUUUUCCCAUUUAUUGCACAUUCAAUAAUUAUAUCCCCUGCAAACUCAGUUUGUUGGGUAUUAUUACAUAGAGAUCACCUAUUCCACCUUGUCUGUCUGUCUUCCAUCUGUUUGUGCAUAUAUAAAUAUAGGUAGCUAGAACUUUGUAAUGGACAAUCAAAGUUUUACAUAGGAAUAGAAAUAAAUCUUUAAAAUCGAUAUCUACUUCUCAAGAACAGGAAAGCCAUGAUUAGUCCUAAUUAUAUGGAAGCAUCCUCAGGUAGUGUAGAUUAAAGUGUGUUCAAAUCAUGACCCCCGUAGGUAGGCUGGUGCUACAAUUGGUGAUCAAAGUUUUACAAAGGAAUAUAUAGGAAAAGAAUGUUGUUGAAGAAGAAAGGCCAAAGCUACUCAGGUAAGCAUUGCGGCCCAUGGGUAUCUUGUUUAUGAAUAAACACUUCACACAAAUAUUACUUAUGUCUGAAAGGUGUGUCAUGACUUUCAACCAGGGUCAUUCUGGCAAUUUCAAGAACACUGGCAAAAAAUAUAAAAUUUUUGCUGGAAGUUAAAACUUCAAACAAUAAUUAUUCAUGAGUUAAAAGUAUGUCAUAACCUUGACCCAAAGUCAUUGUGGUGAGUUCAAAGUCACUGGCAGAAAAAGUGUAAAAUUCAUAUGUCAGGUCUGUAAAUUCCUACUGGAGAAACAUUGGAUGCCUAUGUUUCACUAAACGAUUACGUAUGACUCAAGGAUGUGUCAUUAUUUUUUAAUCAAGAUCAUUUUGGCAAGUUUAAGGUGAAUGGGCACUUUUAAAAAAAAAAUUGCAGCAGGGGUAUUAAUUUGUGAGCUUGCUUAUAGUAAUUCUAAUUAUUCUUAACAAGUUUUGAUAAUUUAGUCAAUGUAAUUCUUGAGAAGAAUAUUGACUUUUUAAUUUUUAUGCUUGCAAAAUUGAAAACUAUUAGUUAGGCCUGUCUGCCUUGUGCCUCUGUCUAUUUACUUGUCCACAACUUUAUAUACAAUGUAUUAAUCUCAAACACCAUUUCUGAAGUGAAGAACACGAAAAUUUCAUACAUAGUGUAAAUGUACUAGAGGGUGUGUAUUACCCCGACUUAUGGUUAUUUAAAAUGUCAAGGUCACAGGAGUUUUAAAUGUGAACUAAUGACUGUAAUUUAGAAAUAUGUCCUUUAAUUCACAGUGGAAAGAUAUGAUCAGGGGGUGUGCAAUGACCUUGACAUAAUGACAAUUGUCAAAAGCUAUGAUCCCGUUUUGAAAGUGUAAAAGUUUUGUCUGGCCCAUAAUUUUGAUAGGGUGGAAUGUUAGCAAUUUUUACUAGCACGCAGCUAGGUUAUUAUCAGGGAAUGUAAAUGGCUCCUUACUUCUCUGAAUAAAGUUAAAUUUUGCCCCAUUAUUAAUUGACCAAGCCUUGGGGAUAUUGGAGAGUUACAAACACAUCUAGUUUUUAUUACUUCUGCCACCCCCCCCCCCCCGAAAAAAAAAAUAAACUUCAUCUCUUAAUAUUUUUGCAAUUAAAUAAGCAAUAUAGUCACUUGUUUAUUUUUUUUCUCAUUUAUAGUCUGAUUCCGUUUUCCUUCAUUGAGGAUGGGCAUUUUACAACCCAUUGUCAGUAAAUACCUCUAACUUUCAAUUAAUUGUGUCAGAAAGCAAGUCAUUACAGUUUAUUCUAACACCAAGGUGUAUAUAAACACUUUUCUCCAAUACUUGUUUAAUUCCCAGUCAAUCUGAACUGCACCCACUGAUUUUUACACAUGUUGCCAAAUAUUUAUCUGGAAAGAAAAUCAAAUACAUUGCAAUUCACACUUGUUGAAUCAGAAUUUCUUCUUACUUUUGUAUGUACAAUUGUUUUAAAUAAGUUAUAUUUAACAAUUUCAGUAUAUGUAUCAUUUAUUAAGCAUCAUUCACUGACAUUCUUUUCUUAUUAUUGAAUACGAGAUUACCUAGAACUCUUACAAGACUAGCACUAGUUCUCUUGUCUUUGAUUUCAGUCACCGCUGCUAGAAGGUACAAAAGUUUUUUGUUUUUUUUUCCAGAGAAUUCAUAAGUGUAAUUAGCUUCAGGGUACCAGUCUAUUACACUGAAGACUUCUGAUUCUUAGGUACAAAUUUUAUACAAAUUUUGUAAAGUUGGUGUCAGAGAUAAGUUUACUUAUCAAAUAAGUACUUCAAUCAAUAAAAGAGUACACGUAUAGCUGUCAAACAUAUACAUGGUUGCUUUUCUUGCUCAAGGUGUGAUCUCAUAAUCUGAACUCAUUAUGCCGUAUAGGUACUAGUUAUAAAGCUCUUUUUCUGUCAGCAUUUGCUGAUUGGGUAUAUAUUCCAUGUCUUGUUAUAAUUACAUAUAUUUAAGUGUUCAAGUUUUGAUCUCUUUUUCUUUGUUCAUGAUGCAAUUUAUAUGCCAGUCUAAAAUAUGUUUUAGUGAUAUUAAUGAAUAACAACAGAAUGUGUAUUUAUUAAUUGUUAAUAUCUUAUAUCACUUUUCAUGUUAACUGUUCUCUUUUAAUACAUCGUUUACUAAUACCUACCUGUGAUCAUUAUUUAAAUAUGCUUAUAUUUUUUUCAAUUUAUU